ACAAUUUACAUAAUUUGACACAUGACAACUUAUUUAGAGUAGAAAGUUUGGUAUUGUUCUUCUCUUGUUGUUUCCCGUUUUCGACAAACAAUUGUAUUGUUUUCCGGUUUAACAUAACACUUGGUAUGUGUCCUGUAUACUAGAUUUAAUUUAUAUCCAGUAUUAUGGCAGAUUCAGGUGUGGAUACUGGCAAUGAAAGUAGCGAUAAUCCAGUUUUCGACCAUUCUUACUGCGUGUUAGAAUUUAAUCCUCCAGCUAUACCGAUCAACCUAGCAGGUCAACCGAUGCCUAUAGACUUUCUAGGUGAGCCCCACGAGCAUAUCGGCAAGAUAAAAUGCUCGACAAAAGCGAGACACUGCAGAUUGAAGUAUCGAUAUGGAGGUACAAUUUGUUCUUCCAGAAAUAAAAAGCUUCGAUUCGCUGCGUCUACUAACAACACAGAGCUCGUUGAAAAGCUUCUGCUCUCAGGGGCAGAUCCAAAUUGCUCAGAUGAACAUAAAAGAAGCCCAUUGCACCUUGCAGCUUGUCGUGGCUAUGUUGAUGUUGUUAAAAUGUUAAUCAGACACGGCGCCAAUCCUAAUAUUAAGGAUACCCUUGGGAAUACUCCGCUCCACCUUGCUGCUUGUACAAACCACAUCCCUGUUGUUAUAGAACUGCUUGAUGCAGGAACAGAUGUAAGUUCACACGAUAAGAAUGGCCGUAAUCCUAUCCAGCUUGCACAAAGUAAAUUGAAGCUAAUUCAGAUGCGCCCAAGCGGUGCAGGCCACUUUGAAGAGACUAAACAGCUCAUCAGUGAAAUCUGUUUAGUUGUUGAGAUGAUGUUGAAAUAUAUGAAGAUACAAAAGGCAGAUGCAGGAGAAUUGGAGUCAGUGCGAGAGAGGUUAGGGAAUGUUUGUACAAGGGAACAAGUUGACUCAGAAGUACAAAACCUUCUUGACAGUCUUGACUCUUUAAAACUGAGAUAAACAAAGAUAACAUAAUAGGAAUUGAAGACUGUUAAUAUAAUGAUAACUGCCUAAAGAGAAGAGCUCACGAUAGUUAUUAAGUAAUUCAAUUAUAAACAAAAUCUGUGUCAUUAUUACUUUACUAUAUUGUUAUUUUGUAGGUUAAGAUUCAAUUGAUGAGUUCUAUAUCAAAUCAGACAAAUUUGCUGCUUAUUAUUAAAAUAAGUAAAAAGUGCAAUUGUCUUUUAAUUGAUUUAUCAGCAAAAUAUUAAUUAUUGUUUGAUUAUAUAUUCUCAAGUAAUAAAUGGUUUUUCUUAAAAUUUUAGAAAUACAAUAUUAAUUAUAUAUUUUGUUAUUUCCUAGUUA